AUGAACGGCAACUCCAACGGCUCGUUCAAUAUGAACCUCCAGAGCGGGCUGCCCUCCAUGGGCCAGCUUCCCAACCAGUACUCGUCGUCGCCCAUGAUGCCACAGCAGCAACAACAACAACAACAGCAGCAGCAGCAGCAACAACAGCAACAACAACAACAACAUUCAAAUAGAGCCAUACCUCAGGCUCUGCCCAACUACGGCGUGCUGUAUCCACAGCAACAACGCCUGAUGAGCGUGGGCAAUGGGAACGGCAACUCGCAGAUGAUGGGCAUGAACCAAAUAAACCCGGCCGUGGUGCCUCUGCCACAUAUGGGCCAGCAAAUCACUCCGAAUCAGCGACAGCAGCUGUACAUGCAAGCAAACGGGCCAGCUCAGAACCCUCACCAGCCGAAAUACACAAACUAUAGCCCACCGCCUGAAGGGCAGCUCGAGUCUGGGCCCCAUAUGAUGCAGCAGGCUGGACCCAUGAUCAAUCAGUAUAAGGUGGAGCCAGGAAUGAUGGGGCCAGGUCACCAGCAGCAGCAGCAGCUGCAGCAGCUGCAGCAGCCGAUACAGACGCCAGCACAAGCCCAGGCUCAAAUUCAGGCGGCACAGUUCCAACAUCAGAACUUUCAGAACAUGCGUGCUGGACCUCAGGGCCCUCAACCCCCUCAUAGUCAGGGAGAUGUUGGUUUUCAGCAAGUUAAUGCUGCACAACGACAGCUUCAACCAGGGAUCCAACUGACAGGUGGAUCCUCACAGGCUCAUCAAAUGCAGCCACUGCCGCAGAACCUGGCUAAUGGGCAACAAGGCUUGCAAGGACAAGGUCAGGCUAAACACAUGGGUGCACAAUCUCGUCCUCAGUCUGCUCAGAAUACUCCUGGUCAAAGCCAUUCAGUGAACCCAUCACAGGCACUAAAUCAAGGUGUUGGGCCCGGACAAACUCAAGCUGCGCACACGCUAGGAAAGCCAACGCAAGUCGUUCCAGGAGCGCAGGUUAUGCAAAGAGUGGGCUUGACUCAAGCAGCACAGGCAGAGGUUCAUAACAAAAUUGUGCGCCGCAAUCUAGGCAACGCUGGCGUGGUUCGUUUGCUAGACCUCAUAGAUCUCGUUCUGAACGAGCCUAUAGAGACUUUACAGACGAUUGAGUUUUGGUCUAGACUUGUUUCGGCUUACUUCGUACCUACUGGCUUAAUCAGACUAACGACUAGCACAUCUGCAGGGAGAAAACCAACCCAGGGGGUUGCCGAUUUCUUAAAUGGAAAGUCAAGCAACCCAAGAUCAUUUGAACUAGAUGUUGCGAGUGCUCCUAGGUUUUUCCUUUCAAAUGUCACAUCUCAAGCGUUGGCUUCACUACAACUCUUUCUAUCCGGCGCUAAAUCUCAAGCUUUGAAUAAUGGACUGAUCUUUAUUGGCUCAAAAAUUACAAUCAACUACAACUACCUGGAUGGCUCAAUGGGCACAGCCAAUGGUUACUGUCGUAUUCUUCUAAAUCGUGAUCUUAGAAUUGAUUGGGUGGACUGUCGCAUGAUGCAUUACCAGAGUUCGAUUGGCACAUCUGUCUUAGCAAGCCAUUUUCAAAACUACACUACGAAUGUCGGCCAUAAAGCGGGAGGGAAAGAUUUUGUUACUCAUCUUACAGAGAAAUGUCAUGCUGCACAAACUUUCGCUGACUAUGGGCUUCAUGAGAAGGCCGUGAGAACUCUACAAACGGGUGAUGUUAUGACCAUACUUGGUCCACUAAUGGCGUACUCGACGAGCAACAACAUCGCAUCCCCACUCAAGGCCAUGGAAGAGUUUACCUCCAACCCAUCUAGCUUCAUGCGUGUGGUACUGUCGCUGAUGGUGCUAAUGGCUCUGUGUCAAGCCCGUCUCCACGUACAGUAA